CGUGUUCAAAGACUAGCAUUGGCAGAUGGAGGCGCAGCAACACUCCCCUGACAGCAGCAGCGAGGAGUGCACCGUCCUGGAGGCUCCGCCCACUAAAGACACCUGCCCGCAACACGGCGGAAAGGUGUCUGAAUACUGUUGUGUGUGUGUGUGCACGCUGUGUGAUGAGUGUGUGCAUGACAAGGAGCACGCCAGGGUACCUUUAAGCCAAGCCUUGGAGGAACACCGUCAAACCUUGCAGGCAAAGCUAGGAUCUGCUCAUGACAGACUCCCACAAAUUUCCGACGCCGUGGUCCUGGUCAGAGAGAUGGUGCAGCAGUUAAGCAAUCAGAAAGCUGCCAUCGAAGAGGACAUCAUGGGCAGCUUUGAGGACCUCCACAAGCAGCUGGACGUGAGAAAGAGUGUUCUUCUCAUGGAGCUGGAGGUCACCUUUGGACUCAAGCAGAAGGUUCUUCAGUCUCAGCUGGAGAGCCUCCUGCAGGGAGAGGGCGCUGUGGAGUCAGCCUGUGCACGUGCAGAAGAUGCCUUGACCACGGAAGCAUGCAGCGGCAGCUUAGACACAGAGCUGGAGCUCAAGGACAAACUGGAGGAGCUAGUUGGGCUUCACUUUCCGUGUCAGCCAGAGGAGAAUGACCAGCUGGACCUGGUCCUGGAGACGGACGGCCUGAGGAAGUGGAUCCACAACUUGGGGACCAUCGUCACCACCAGUGCUGUGGCAAGCCAGAGUGAGGCCAUGGGUGCCGGUCUGGAACAGUGCAUUGUGGGACUUCCUGCCUCUGUUACCAUUGUAACAAGAGACAAGUCAGGAGGCGCCUGCAAGAGCGGCAACGCUAUCUUGUCAGCCGAGGUUUUUACGCCUGAUGGCAGCAUUGUAGACGGCGAGAUGGUAGACCGCAAGAACGGAACAUACGAGUUUGUCUACAUGGUGCCCAAAGAAGGCGAUUUCUCGUUGGCCCUGCGCCUGUACGACCAGCACAUCAAAGGAAGUCCUUUCAAGUUGAGCGUGAGCAGGCCGCAGGUGUCGCCAUCCUCCGCCACGGCCAACGCCACGCCUUCCACGGGCUCCUCCGAGGGCGCCAAGAGGCGGGGCAAGUCCCCUGGCCAAAAGAAGAAGAGUUCCAAGAGGGCCAGCAGUGCCCUCGGAACGCCACGCCGCAAAACUCAGAACCCCAUCGAAGACGAUCUUAUCUUUCGGAUUGGAACCAAGGGGCGGAACAAAGGAGAGUUUACUAACCUGCAAGGAGUCGCCGCCGCCUCCGACGGGAACAUCCUGAUCGCUGAUAGCAACAACCAAUGUGUGCAGAUUUUUUCCAGCAAGGGAGAAUUCAAGAGUCGAUUUGGUGUGCGUGGACGGUCGCCGGGGCAACUGCAGCGCCCAACUGGCGUGGCUGUUCACCCCAGCGGUGACAUAAUUAUCGCUGACUAUGACAACAAGUGGGUUAGCAUCUUCUCCAGUGACGGCAAGUUCAAGGCCAAACUGGGCUCCGCCAGGCUGAUGGGACCCAAGGGCGUGACUGUGGACCGCAACGGUCACGUUAUUGUGGUGGACAACAAAGCGUGCACCGUGUUCAUCUUCCAGCUGACAGGCAAGCUCGUUACCAAAUUCGGGAGCCGCGGAAACGGCGACAAGCAGUUUGCAGGUCCACACUUUGCUGCCGUCAAUGAAAAAAAUGAAAUCAUCGUUAGCGACUUCCACAACCACUCAGUUAAGGUCUUCACGCCAGAAGGAGAACUGGUGCUCAAAUUCGGCUCCAACGGUGAGGGCAACGGACAGUUUAACGCCCCCACCGGUGUGGCCGUGGACGUGAACGGGAACAUCAUUGUGGCUGACUGGGGAAACAGUAGGAUACAGGUGUUUGACGGCAACGGGUCCUUCCUGUCCUACAUCAACACAUCGGCUGACCCCCUGUACGGGCCACAGGGAUUGGCCCUGACGGAUGACGGACACGUGGUGGUGGCCGACUCGGGUAACCAUUGCUUCAAAGUGUACCGGUACCUGCAGUGAUGGCGGUCCAGAUGAGGUGAGACCUUCAAGAACCAGCGUUUGCUUCUUUUCUGCACUGAUGUCCGUCAACGUGUCCUUCGGGGUGGAGGGCAUGCUUGUGUGCCUCAAGUUAGAUGGUAUUCUCCACGUAAACAACUUUUUUUUCGCCACCACCCUUUUGGUUGUCCUCCCUCUGUCUCUGCGCGUCCUCCAUCUGGGUCUCCAGCGCGCCAUCUUCACAGCGACCACCUUGAGUUACUCUGACUGCUUUGUGCUCAACCUGGCUGCCAUGGAGCUGAUCGGAGUGGCUGCGUAUGCUCUCGGCAUCUACGGGAUCAACACAAGCGCUUACCAGCUGACCCGUGCGGGAUUCAUAAUCCAGUUCUUUCCCUGGUACGGACAGAUAGUCGUUUCUGUGCUCACCUGUGUCGAUCGCUACCUGGCGGUUGUCCAUCCUGUCGCUUACCUGCGUUUCAAGCGGCAGCAGAGUGUUCGGUAUGUCACCAUAGCCUUCCCGUGGCUCUGGUGUUCUCUGGGGAUGUAUUUGUCACUGCUGGCCUUCACAAAACCUCUGUUGGCCGCCUGUAUAGGCUUCAGUCAGGUGAUCUUCUUCCUCGGGGUCAUAAGCUUCUGCAGCCUCUCAGCUGUCAACGCGCUUAAGCGACCGCGACCUGGCCAGGCGGUUAGAACCGUGGUGGACAAAACCAAGCGAACAGCCGUCCGCAUCAUCCUUAUCAUUACAGGAGUUCUUGUCUUCAAGUAUACAGGAUAUGUUCUCUUCAGUGGCAGCAGCAUGGUAGUGCACAGCAGCGCUGUCUGCAGAAUUUUUGUGGUGGUCAAAGCAUUUGACUUUCCCAGCAGCUGCUUGCUCCCGCUCCUCUUCUUGCACAAGGCAGGGAAAUUGAAUGCUUGCAAACACCUUCGAAGGCUUUGCAAACUUUGACCUGCUAACUUCAGUCCUGAGGAGCGGGGGUGGAUGGAGCCAGCAACGUACCAUUUAUGAAUUGUGUAAUUGUGUUUGUGUGUAAAAUAAAAGUCAAAAACAAGAGUUGUUUUUUUAAUCAUCACACAAUCAACAUUUUCCAGCUGAAAAAUGCUUUGACGAACAUGAGAUUUUUGGAAGUAGAAUAUUUUUUACUCUAUACCUGUCAUUUCUUGAUGUGAUUUUAAGAACUGUGAGAGGCAUAUUACUGUCUACGAUUUAGAUCAGAGUGUCAAACUCGUUUUCAUUGCGUGCCACAUUGAAAGGCCCAUUCCAUAGUUGCCCUCUCUGGACUUGGGUGUGGACCUUUGCUGCAGCGGAAUUCGACCACCUGACUCUUUCCUGCCGGUGGCCGGCCCUUUGUGGCGGAGUGCAGUUUGGCGGCUUUCUGGCUGUGCUUCCUCCACCCUCCUUGAUUAUAGAUUUUUUCUUUUAUGUCUGAGGCUAUGUCUACACUAAGCCGGAUAACCCCUUAAACAAAUCAUUAU